AUGUCAGUCGACUUGCAGCAGUCCCUCUCGGAGCUUCAACAGCUGUUUGACGCACCGGGAGGAUCGAGGGACGAGGUAUCAAAGAGACUGGCAAAACUCAAGCUCGAAUUGGCCCAAACCGGCUUAUACUUUGCACCACCUACAGCCAACCCACAGGAUCUCAUAGCAGCGAGAUCAAUCCUCGAAAUAGGAUCAUUCCACUCUCUCCGCUCAGGUAACCUAAAAUCCUACGCACAGUAUAAUUUCGCCUUACAACCAUUUUAUCUCAACCUUUCCUCGAUCAUACCCGAAUCACCCAAUCGACCAAUAACAUUAGGCUUACACCUAUUAGCGUUACUCAGUGAAGGUCUAUUGACAGAGUUUCAUACGUUGUUGGAAACUUUGAAAGUGGAGCAGUUGAGUGAUAUCUUUGUAAAAUUGCCUGUCGAUUUGGAGAAAUGGUUGAUGGAAGGUGCCUACAAUAAAGUGUACCGAGCGAAAGAUAGAGUUCCAAGGGAAGAAUUUGGUUUCUUAUUAGAAAGAUUGAUGGGAACUGUUCGUGGUCAAAUAGCUUCAACAAUCGAAACUUCCUAUCCCUCUCUUCCCUUAAAAUCAGCUGCAACUCUCUUAUUCUUCAAGCCUAACGAGACUUCCCAAUUGAACGAGUUCGCUCAAUCUCGAGGAUGGGAAUUAUCACCUUCUCAACAGGUAUACACUUUCCCCAACUCCAUCAAACCUGAUAUUGCCUUGGCGGCUUUACAGCAAAGUUCGGAAUCCAAAAACACGAACGUAGUCUUGAGUUUGGAGAAAGGUGGUAUUAAGAGGGGUACACCGAUGGUUAAUAUGGUUGGUCCAGCGCUGAAAUUGGCUCAGCAGUUGGAAGCUAUUGUCUAA